GUACUACCUGAGCAUAUGCACGCAUACGUGCUCUACUUGUUUAAAUCACUGUUAAUAAGUUGCUUUUAUUGUGCAGGUGUAUCUGAACCUUCUUUUAUUGCCAAGAGUGAAGAUCGUUUGUUUAAACGUUUAUUUGAAGACUAUCAAAGAUGGGUUCGUCCAGUGGAACACUUGAAUGACACGAUAAAAAUCAAGUUUGGUCUUGCAAUCUCUCAGCUAGUAGAUGUGGAUGAGAAGAAUCAGCUGAUGACCACAAAUGUCUGGCUGAAACAGGAAUGGAUAGAUGUAAAAUUAAGAUGGAACCCUGAAGAGUAUGCUGGAAUAACAUCUAUUCGUGUCCCAUCGGAUUCUAUUUGGAUCCCAGACAUUGUGUUAUAUGACAAUGCAGAUGGACGUUUUGAGGGGACAUCUACUAAAACUGUGGUAAAAUAUGAUGGCACCAUUGCUUGGACUCCACCAGCAAAUUAUAAAAGUUCUUGUACUAUUGAUGUAACCUUCUUUCCUUUUGACCUCCAAAACUGCUCUAUGAAAUUUGGUUCCUGGACUUACGAUGGCUCCCAGGUUGAUAUAAUUUUAGAAGAUUAUGAUGUUGACAAAAGAGACUUUUUUGAUAAUGGAGAAUGGGAAAUAGUGACUGCAACAGGGAGCAAAGGAAAUAGAACUGAUGGAUGCUGCUGGUAUCCCUUUGUUACAUAUUCGUUUAUAAUUAGACGUUUACCACUUUUUUACACAUUGUUUCUCAUCAUUCCUUGCAUUGGACUUUCUUUUCUAACUGUCCUCGUCUUCUAUCUUCCUUCAAAUGAAGGUGAAAAAAUUUCCCUGUGCACUUCAGUCCUGGUAUCUCUGACUGUUUUUCUUCUUGUCAUUGAAGAGAUUAUUCCAUCGUCUUCUAAAGUUAUCCCGCUUAUAGGAGAAUACUUGGUGUUUACUAUGAUAUUUGUGACAUUGUCCAUUGUGAUAACAGUCUUUGCUAUCAAUAUUCAUCACCGUUCUUCAUCUACACACAAUGCCAUGGCACCUUGGGUUCGCAAGAUAUUUCUUCACAAACUUCCCAAACUGCUUUGCAUGAGAAGUCAUGUAGAUAGAUACUUUGCUCAGAAGGAGGAAAAAGGAAAUAUGAGUGGAUCAGAAUCGUCUAGAAACACCUUGGAAGCAGCUCUAGACUCUAUCCGAUAUAUCACAAGGCAUGUUAUGAAGGAAAAUGAAGUUCGUGAGGUUGUUGAAGACUGGAAAUUUAUUGCUCAGGUGCUUGAUCGAAUGUUCUUAUGGGCCUUUCUUCUGGUUUCAAUAAUUGGAUCACUUGUGUUAUUUAUUCCUGUUAUUCAUAAAUGGGCAAGUAUAAUAGUACCUGUGCAUAUAGGCAGUACAAAUACAUAAGAUAUUUUUGGAUCUGUCUCCUGCUAACAUCAUUCUAAAAAGGUUUUGUAGUGUUAAGUUUCCAUGCAUGUUCUUUGUAGGCAUGUUUCUGAUAGGAAAAAAAAUAAAGUCCUAAACUUAAAAAUUAUGUUGUUAAAGCAUGACACGUAGGACUCACAGAAGUCAAUGUGCUUAGUGCCAGUCUACGAAGAUACUUGUACAUCAGGUCAAAAUCAAAGACCUUUGCAAAUAUUUGCAUGUGUGUGUUAGAAGCAGUAUAUACUGACACCUACCGAGAAGGAGAAGGAUUGAGAUUUUUUUAAUGAAGAUCACUGCAGUCCCAUUAUUAAGUUACUGUGGAAAAUAUUAUAUUUAUUAUUAAAUUUUUGCAGAUGCUUGCACAAUAGAGUUGUUUGUCAACUUAUUAUAUUAUGCAAAUGAGAACUUGUAUCUACACAGUAAAUGAAAAAUUAUGAUAAAAACAUCACUUGAACUUCCUUCCUUUUCAGCAGACCAAUAAACAGAGCAUUCUGACUGCGUUAUGCCUUUA